AGAAGGAAAGUAGUCUCUGUAGUUGAACACAGCUGACCGGUAAAAGGAUUUAAUUCAACUCACAGUUUGAUGGACAGCGGCAGCUUCAGUUUCUUCAGGGCCUAAUUAAGCACGUAGCACAGGUGUGUGGUCCUGCGAUCUCCCGCAGCUCUUCUCUUUCCUUCGAUUCCUUUAUUUGAGAACAUGACUUGAAAUUAAAAAUAAUUUACAGAAGCAACAGAUUAUCGAGUCUCACAUAUGUUACUUGUUAAAAUGAAGGUGCCAGAGGAGGAAUUAAUGAGCGAUAUUUUGAAGCGGUUAACGGGCGAGUCUGCACUCCCUGCAUAUAGCAACAUUGAAAAGUUCAGACGAGGAAAGGACGGCUUAUACUUUGUCGCGGAGGACUUUCAUGAAACUGUGAAAAAAAGGGAAUUGGUCAACGCCAAGGAACGACUAAGAAUCAGGAACUUGAACCACAUGUUCUCCCGCUUGAAGCGAAUGGUGCCACUAAUGCGACCUGACCGGAAGCCCAGUAAAGUGGACACACUCAAAGCUGCAACGGAAUACAUUCGAUUACUUGUUGCAGUUUUGCAGGACACUGCCAGUGAUGGUGGCAGUGGGACUGAUUUCCUAAAGAAAGCAAUCACUUAUGGUCAGACUGACGGCUUGGGCAAUGACCUAUGGAGAGUGGAUGAUUUGCUGAACAUGUCAGAGGAGCGCAUGGAAGAUGGUUUCACGAUGCCCCCGGAACCGGUAUCUGAGGAUGGAGAUAUGAGCAGACUGGUGUUGCAACAUUGUGUGAUGCCUGCAUACCAGUUCAUCAUUCAAGUAGCACCUGAUCAGACUUUGAUGUCUCAACCCUAGAGCAGAUGGCUUGGACCACUUUUGGAAACCUGUCAGGUUGGAUAUGUUUAAUACAUGAAUAUCAAAUCUGAAUAAUCAGUACAAGUACAUUUUCAGGUAUUAUGCAGAUUGCUGAAAUCAUACCAAAAGUGGGGAAGAUUAUUAAAAUUCUAGUCUGUGUAAAUGAUCAUGUCAAAACACAGUAGGACAAAUGUUGCCCCCAUGUGGUCUGAAAGGUUGUCGUCAUUUAUAUGAAAUGUUCCAUUGACAAUUGGUACAAAACAAGCACAGAUGUUGCUCACUGGAGAACUUUUUUUCAUGUCACAGUAGGAAAAGCAUGGGUAAAUAAUAAAAAUGAAUGACUGAAUAGCAUUUAGCUUUCAGGGUCCUGGUAUAGUUCACACUGGCUCACUGUCUUGCUGUUCCUUCUUAUUGGGACACUUGGAAUAGAACAGCCAUUGUUAAUGUUAUUAGAAAGACCUGCACUUUGCUGUGGAAAAGGCCUAUUGCUUAACAUUGUGUCCUUUUUUAGUGUGCUACUUAAUUCAGAUUUACAACCAGAGUAAAUGUUGAACUGUAUUUUUUUAGUGUUAUGGUGCGUUCCAUUUGUACUCGGAAGUCGGAAUUUUUGAGUUCCAAGUUGGAAAUUUCAAAUGGAAACACCCCCUGAAGACGGAUUUCCUACUCGGAAAGUCGGAGAACCUUGUACCCUGAACAAAGCCGACCACAAAAUCCAACAUGGCUGCUCAAUCGUCAACAGUAGCGAACGCUGUAGUAAUGUACCGUUUAUUAGCACUUCUGUCUUAUUUGUGUCUCAUUAAACCAGUUGUUCAAACAGUA